AUGAACGCUACAUUCGAUAAAACGUCAAUAUUCUCUGAAUUGGGUUUACACGUACCAUCAUGGUACACUUCGCUUCCAUUACCUGUACAAAUCAUCGUUGGUUUAGUAGGUAGUUUAGCUACUAUCAUAGGAUUAAACGUUUUAAGACAACUUGCUUUACCUCGUGAUAAAUCCUUACCACCAGUCGUAUUUCAUUAUAUACCAUGGUUCGGUUCUGCUGCUUAUUACGGUGAAGAUCCUUAUAAAUUCUUCUUCGAAUGCAGAGACAAGUACGGAGACGUUUUCUCUUUCGUAUUGUUGGGAAGAAAAAUGACAGUAGCGCUUGGACCAAAAGGAAAUAACUUGUCUUUGGGAGGCAAAACUUCUCAAGUCUGCGCGGAAGAUGCCUACACCCAUCUUACCACUCCUGUAUUCGGAAAAGGUGUUGUAUAUGACUGUCCUAACGAUAUGUUGAUGCAACAAAAGAAAUUUAUCAAAUCUGGUUUGACAACUGAAGCACUUCAAUCUUAUCCACCUUUAAUCGAAGAUGAAUGUGAAGAAUUCUUCAAGCAUGACUUGGGUCUUUCUGCUUCUAAACCAAGUGUCAAAGUCGAUCUUCUCAAAACAAUGUCAGAGAUGAUCAUCUUGACAGCUUCAAGAACAUUACAAGGUAAAGAAGUUAGAAAACAUGUUAAUGGUAAAUUCGCUCAAUAUUACGAAGAUCUUGAUGGUGGUUUUACUCCUAUAAAUUUCAUGUUCCCAAAUUUACCUUUACCAAGUUAUAGAAGAAGAGAUAAGGCUCAAAAAGCAAUGAGUGAUUUCUACAUGAAAAUCAUCGAGGAAAGGAAAAAGGGUGAAACUGAUCACGAAUUCGACAUGAUUUCUUCUCUUCAAGGUUCAGUGUACAAAAAUGGCGUACCUCUGACAGACAGGGAUAUUUCUCAUAUCAUGAUUGCUCUUCUCAUGGCUGGUCAACACACUUCCUCGGCUACUUCUUCAUGGACUUUACUUCAUCUUGCUGAUCGACCUGACAUCUACGAGGGACUGUACCAAGAACAGAAAAAAGUCUUUGGUAAACCUGACGGAACCUUCGCUCCUGUUACCUACGAAUCCAUCAAAGAAUUGCCUCUUAUGGAUGCUGUCAUCAGAGAGACUUUGAGAAUGCACGCUCCUAUCCACUCAAUCUACCGAAAAGUCAUCUCAGAUAUUCCCGUUCCUCCAUCACUUUCAGCUCCUUCUGAACAGUCUUCUUACGUCAUUCCCAAAGGUCAUUUCAUCGUUGCUGCUCCAGGUGUAUCACAAAUGGACCCUCUCAUUUGGCAAAACUCCAAGACCUGGACUCCAGAAAGAUGGCUCGAAGAAAAGGGUGUUGGUCAAGCCGCCGUCGAACAAUAUACCAAGAGUGAACAGAUCGAUUAUGGAUUUGGAUCAGUCUCAAAAGGUACCGAAAGUCCUUAUCAACCAUUCGGAGCAGGUAGACAUAGAUGUGUAGGAGAACAGUUCGCAUACACCCAGUUAUCCACUAUCAUCUCACAUAUAGUGAGGAAUUACACUAUGAAACUUGAAGUCCCAUCUUUCCCCGAGACAAAUUACAGAACCAUGAUUGUACUUCCCAAGAACCCUCAAGUAAGCUUUUCAGUCAGAAAACAGGAUGUCUAG